UUAUGACGCUGAGCAGGAUAAAUUCAGAUUAGCUUUAGCUGUUGGUCUUUUGACUGUUUCGCUGGUAAAAUACAGUGAAUUUUGAAUUAAAUGCCAUGGCUGCUUUAGAUACUCUCUGGGAAGACAGAGACGUUAGAUUCGACAUCACUGCGCAACAGAUGAAAACCCGCCCAGGAGAAGUGUUAAUCGAUUGUCUGGAUUCAAUUGAAGACACCAAAGGAAAUAACGGAGAUCGAGGACGACUCUUGGUGACAAACCUGAGAAUAAUUUGGCACUCGUUGGCUCUGCCUAGAGUCAACUUGUCCGUGGGUUACAGCACCAUUAUUAAUAUCACAACAAGGACUGCACACUCUAAACUGAGAGGACAUACUGAAGCUCUCUACAUCUUAACAAAGUCAAACAACACAAGAUUUGAGUUCAUUUUUACCAAUCUGGUUAUCGGAAGUCCAAGGCUCUUUACCUCUGUGAUUGCUGUACACAGGGCUUAUGAGACCUCUAAGAUGUACCGGGACCUGAAGCUACGAGCUGCUCUCAUUCAAAACAAGCAGCUCAGACUCUUGCCUCGGGAGCAAGUGUACGAUAAAAUCAAUGGAGUUUGGAAUCUAUCCAGUGAUCAGGGUAACCUGGGGACCUUCUUUAUCACCAAUGUUCGGAUAGUGUGGCAUGCCAAUAUGAACGAAAGCUUCAACGUCAGCAUACCUUACCUCCAGAUUUGGUCAAUCAGAAUAAGAGACUCAAAGUUUGGCCUGGCUUUGGUGAUUGAAAGUUCACGACAGAGUGGAGGAUAUGUGCUUGGGUUCAAAAUUGAUCCAGUGGAGAAGCUUCAAGAUGCUCUCAAAGAAAUCAACUCUUUGCAUAAAGUUUACUCUGCAAACCCCAUCUUUGGUGUGGAUUAUGAGAUGGAGGAAAAGCCACAGCCGCUGGAAGAACUGACGGUGGAACAGCCCCCUGAUGAUGUGGAAAUCGAGCCUGAUGAACAGACUGAUGCUUUUACUGCCUACUUUGCUGAUGGUAAUAAGCAACAAGACCGUGAAGCAGUUUUUUCUGAUGAGCUUGGCCUCGCCAUUGAGAGACUUAAGGAUGGCUUUACCCUCCAGGGGCUGUGGGAAGUGGUGGGCUGAAAAAACAUCAGUGUGCUCUAUGGACAGACAAGAGGGCAUUUAUUUAUCACUAAUAGGCUAAGAUUAAGGUUACACCUAAUCUACAAUUGCUUUUUGGGUUUUUUUUGUUGUUUUUUUUUUGUUUUUUUUUACGGCACGAGUGGACCGUUUCAUGUACAGUAGGCUGACAGGAAAGGGGGUAUGAGAGAGGGGGAGAGACAUGUGGGAAAGGACCACAGGCUGGAUCCGAACCCGGGUCGCCCGCGUCGAGGACAAAGGCUUCCAUACAUGGGUCGUGUGCACUUAUCACUGCGUCACCAAAGCACACUCCAAAUGCUUUGUUUAUAGAAAAUAUACUAAAUUUCAUUUUUUAUGAAAAAGGGGUAACUUUUAUUAACUGUUUGUUUUUAAUGCUGUAACAACAGGGUAUCUACACAGCCUGAGAAUAGGGGAAAAUUCUUCCUCAUAUCAUUCUUGUCUAUCCUUCUUUGUUUCCCUCUUUGUGUCCUAUACCUUUCCAUCUUUCAUUUAUUCUUUCUUUGGGUCUUUUUAUCUCAUUUCUGUCCUUUCCUUAUUGGUGUUCUUUCUUUCUACUUCAUUUUCUGUUCACCUGCCUCCUUUUGUCUUUACGCCAUUUUUCUUUCUUCCUUGUGUCCUACCUUCCUUUCUGCUUUGCUUACUUCUUUAUGUCCUUCCUUGCUUCUUGUGUCCUUCCUCCCUCCCUUCCUUGUUGUCUCUGACAGCAAUAACGUAAACAAUAGAGGUAUUUGCUUAUAGGAUGUAAAAGUCUAUUGAGAA